UUUCUUUUUGAUUAGUGACAUAUUGUUUCUAAAAGGAGAGCAUUGAACCCUUUAUAUAGGAUUGUGAGGUUUAAGAUUUAGUUUCAAACUAUCUAUGGGUUGUGUGAGAAUUUCAGUGAGUUUUUAUACUCUAUAUUUCUUGACCGUCAAAGAAAACUAACCAAUAGCAUUUUAAAAGGGACUUAAUUAGCAUAAUGAAAAUGGGGUCAAUGAUACAUUUUUAUAUUUUAUAUUCUUAAGUGAUUAUGAUAUUUCUCCGAAUCUUCGACCUAUAUAUUAUUUCUUUAUGUAUCAUCUCGAUCGAAUGAUUAUCAAUAAGAUUAAACGGAUUAAUAGACUUAAAACUAACAUAAAAAUACAAAUAAUCAAAUAUGAGCAUUCUGACCAAAGGGCCGGGUUAUAAGCUAGUAAGAAAAAAACAAGAGUGAAAGAAAAACUAGUCUCUUUCGUUCUUGUCUAUCCACUCGACCUGCCACUGCCAGAACUCCAGAGUAAGUCAAAAAGUGAACGGCGAGCUCGAAAAAUGAAAGCGGUGGUGAUCACAUCUCCCGGCGGGCCGGACGUCCUGCAACUCCAGCAAGUCGACGAUCCACAGAUCGAAGACGACGAAGUUCUGAUCAAGGUCGCCGCCACCGCCGUCAACCGCGCCGAUACCAACCAGCGCCAGGGCAAGUAUCCGCCGCCCAAAGGCGCCAGCGAGCACCUCGGCCUCGAAUGUUCCGGAACUAUCGAAGCUGUCGGGAGCAGCGUUUCCCGAUGGAAAAUCGGCGAUCAGGUGUGCGCUCUCCUCAGCGGCGGAGGCUACGCGGAGAAAGUGGCGGUUCCGGCGGCGCAAGUUUUUCCCAUACCGGACGGCAUCUCUUUGACUGACGCCGCCGCUUUCCCUGAGGUCGCGUGUACUGUCUGGUCAACGAUUUUAAUGACCAGUCGGCUCUCUCCCGGCGAAUCGCUUCUGGUUCAUGGCGGCUCGAGCGGGAUUGGGACGUUUGCGAUUCAGAUAGCCAAACAUUUAGGGAUUCGAGUUUUCAUCACUGCAGGGAGUGAGGAGAAGCUAGCGGCGUGCAGAGAUCUCGGAGCUGAUGUUUGCAUCAACUACAAGACUGAGGAUUUCGUGGCUCGAGUGAAGGAAGAAACUGAUGGAAAAGGAGUUGAUGUCAUUCUGGAUUGCCUUGGGGCGUCCUACUUCCAGCGAAACCUCGAGAGCUUGAAUUUCGAUGGAAGGCUGUUUAUCAUCGGAUUGAUGGGUGGAGUCAAGGCGGAGAUGAACCUGCCUACUCUGUUUGCGAAGCGCCUCACAGUGCAAGCGGCUGGUUUGAGAUACAGAACUCCGGAGAACAAAGCUGCCAUUGUAAACGAGGUGGAGAAGAAUGUGUGGCCGGCAAUUGCUACCGGGAAAGUUAAGCCUAUUGUGUCCAAGAUCUUCCCGUUCUCUGAGGCAGCCGAGGCUCAUAAGCUGAUCGAGAAUAGCCAGCAUAUCGGCAAGAUUCUCCUUGUUCCGUCCUAAUGCCUUCUGUUUCUAUUGGAAUGAAUUGAGCAUGUUAGUGGGACUUGUGCAAACGGAUGCUUCGUAGUUGUGCGUCCAGUUGGUGCAGCAGUACUGUGUUUCGUUGUUCCAGUUCGCUGAUGUAGAAGAUUGUACACAGUUAAUACUGUUGAAACAUGUGUCCCAAAACUAUUUCAAUUCCAGGCGCUUGUUCCUGCAGGAUGCAGACUUGCAGUUUAGGGGUAGUUUGGACGAGAUAUUGUAAAGGAUCAAUUUGACACAGUUGUCUUGUUUUGAGACAAUUAUACCAAAUUGUCUUGUUUGCCAGCAAAAAAUUUGGAGAGAUCAAUCUGCCUGAAGUAUUUUGAAUUGAUCCGUUUUGAGUCAAUUUCAAUUGUUUGGGGUGGAGCAGGUAAUUUGAAUUGACUCGUUUUAAUUGCCUCCUUUAUAAAACGAGACAAUUGAUCAAUUGACUCAUUUAUAGGUUGAUCAAAUUAGACUUUAGAGUUAUGCACACCAAGUGUUUGACUAUUUGCCUGUCACAACUUUCAAAUGAAUUCCUGAUCAUAUCGACCCAAUAUAUGAUUAUGUUGGCUUAAACAGUGGCAUCUAUUGAACACAUUACUUGAUAGUCGAUACAAGAUGACAUGGAUAAUAGUAUAGAUGAAUUUACUAAACAAGUUGUUGUUGA